GUGUCUCCCAGUCUACGGCUUUAAAUGGUGCGCCGUGGUGGUGCUGAGGAGAGGAGAGACCAGGAGAGGGCGGGCUGUGUGUGAACACCCCGUGACCGGCAGCCAGUCUCACCGAGCUAGCGCGCCGCUCUUGUGAUGCACUGUGGCGGAGACCGACAGGAGAGGAACGGAGGAACGGACAUCCAGGUAUAGCCCCAGUCUAACGGCUAUUACAGUGUCUGAAGUUUCGUUCUCAUCGGCCUGGUUUUUGUUCAGUCUACUCUGCAUUUUACCUAACCCGGAUUUAAACGUUAUUGGAGUUUAUUGUCGGAUUGUUAUGCUUUGGAUAUUAUCUCAUAACUAAGUGAUGGAACUGAGGAGAUCCAGAGGCUCCCCUGUGAACUACACAUCCCAGCAGGCAACAUGAAGAAGGAUGUCCUGGUCAACCUGACAAAAAGUAGAGUCAGUCCAAUCGGACCUCACGCCAUGAUUCCCCAUAGCAACCUCUUUGGACUGUAACUGAUUAAAAACGGUUGAACUUUGACCCAGCGGAAGGAGGAACAGUUUUUUUCUCUUCUCUCCUCCCUUCUUCAGGAGGAAAGACAGCUGAAAUUACAACUGUUAGCCCAACUACUCAUUGUGAAAAGACACCUGUUGUACUAGCAGCAAUAAACAUCUCUGAGUGGACUUGUGUACGACUGUGGAUAGUCCCUGUAGAAUUGGAUAUUAACUCUAAAACUUUUAAACCAUACCCAAUUCAAUGCUAUCCAAGCAUUCAGGAAUAUAAACUCCUCUUUCUCUUCAUCGUCCUCCUCCCCUUCCUCCUCCUCUUCCUCCUCCUUCCUUCCACCUCCUCCUCCUCCUCCCCUUCCUCUUCCUCCUACUCUCUCUCCUCCUUCCUUCCACCUCUUCCUCCUCCUUCCUUCCACCUCAUCCUCCUCCUCCCCUUCCUCUUCCUCCUACUCUUCUCCCUGUUCCUCAACCUCCUCCUCCUUGUUGACCAUGGAUGUUCUGGGCUUGGCUGCUAGACUACAGCUGAUGCUCUUGGCGCUCCUGGGUGUGUGUCUGAGCCUGGAGUUCACCGGGGCCCCCGGCCAGUGGGCCCGCUACCUCCGCUGGGAUGCCAGCACGCGCAGCAACCUCAGCUUCCAGUUCAAGACGGACGUGUCCACGGCGCUGCUACUGUACUUCGACGACGGAGGCCACUGCGACUUCCUGCAGCUGAUGGUGGUGGAGGGCAAGUUGCAGCUGCGCUUCAGCAUCGACUGCGCCGAUAUCGCCGUGGUGUCCGACAAGAGAGUUAAUGAUAGCAGCUGGCACUUUGCCACACUGAGCCGCUACGGCCUGCGGACGGUAUUGGGGCUGGACGGCCAGGUCAAGACAGACGAGGUGCGGCCCACCGGAGGUAGCCGCCAGCACAUGAAGAUAAUCAGUGACCUCUUCCUGGGCGGCGUUCCGCUGGAUAUCCGCACCUCGGCGCUCACGCUGCCCACAGCGUGCGACGCCCCGCCCUUCAGAGGAACUAUCAUGGAUCUGAAGUAUGGGAACACGGAACCGGUUCUCCUCAGCAGCCUCAGGGUCCGUCUGGAGUCGGACCGGCACUGUACGGAGAACCCGUGUGAGAAUGGCGGGAGCUGCUCCGUGGUAGAUGGGGAACCUUUGUGUGACUGUUCCAAAACGGAAUACAAGGGCUGUUUCUGCAAUGAAGAGGUCAACGACAAUAUUCCAGGAUUUUCACAUAUGAUGAUGGCGGAGCAAGCUAAAAGCAAAGUGCGGGAGGAGAAUGUGGCCACGUUCCGCGGCUCUGAGUACUUCUGCUACGACCUGUCCCAGAACCCUAUCCAAUCCUCCAGCGACGAGAUCACGCUCUCCUUCAAGACGUGGCAGCGCAAUGGCCUGAUCCUCCACACGGGGAAGUCUGCUGACUACGUCAACCUGGCCCUGAAGGACGGAGCCGUGUCCCUGGUCAUCAACCUGGGCUCCGGGGCCUUCGAGGCCAUCGUGGAGCCUGUCAACGGGAAGUUCAAUGACAAUGCCUGGCACGACGUCAAGGUUACGCGCAACCUCAGACAGGUGACGUUAUCGGUUGACGGCAUCCUGACGACCACGGGCUACACCCAGGAGGACUACACCAUGCUGGGAUCCGAUGACUUCUUCUACGUGGGUGGAAGCCCCAGUACCGCCGACCUGCCUGGGUCUCCUGUCAGCAACAACUUCAUGGGCUGCCUCAAAGAGGUGGUCUACAAGAACAACGACAUCCGUCUGGAGCUCUCCCGUCUGGCGCAUAUCGUGGACCCCAAGAUGAAGAUCCAGGGGGAUGUGAUGUUUAAGUGUGAGAACGUGGCCACCCUGGACCCUGUCUCCUUCGAGACCCCCGAGGCCUACAUCAGCCUGCCCAAGUGGAACACCAAGAGAAUGGGUUCCUUGUCCUUUGACUUCAGGACCUCGGAACCCAACGGACUCAUCCUCUUCACGCACGGCAAGCCUCAGGAGCGCAAGGAGGCCCAACGCAGCCAGAAGAACACCAAGGUGGACUUCUUUGCGGUAGAACUGCUGGAUGGCAGUCUGUACCUGCUGUUGGACAUGGGCUCAGGAACCAUCAAGGUCAAAGCCACCCAGAACAAGGUCAACGAUGGAGCCUGGUACCACGUAGACAUGCAGAGGGACAGGCGUUCAGGCACCAUCUCAGUCAACAGCCGGCGCACUCCGUUCAUGUCCAGCGGAGAGAGUGAGAUCCUGGACCUGGAGGGGGACAUGUACCUAGGUGGUCUACCCUCAGACCGCACCAAUCUCAUCCUGCCCACUGAGCUGUGGACCGCCAUGCUCAACUACGGCUACGUUGGCUGCGUGCGCGACCUCUUCAUCGACGGGCGCAGCAAGGACAUCCGACAGAUCGCUGAGGCCCAGAACGGGGCCGGCAUCAAGCCGUCGUGCAACAAGGUGGUGGGGAAACAAUGUGAGAGUUACCCGUGUAAGAACAGAGGCGUCUGCAAGGAGGGAUGGAACCGGUUUAUUUGCGAUUGUACCGGCACGGGGUACUGGUCACGUACCUGCGAGAGAGAGGCGUCCAUCUUGAGUUAUGACGGCAGUAUGUACAUGAAGGUGGUGAUGCCCCAGGUGAUGCACACGGAGGCGGAGGACGUGUCUCUGCGUUUCAUGUCCCAGCGGGCCUACGGCCUGCUCAUGGCCACCACCUCGCGAGACUCGGCCGACACGCUGCGUCUAGAGCUGGAUGGGGGCCGGGUCAAGCUCACGGUCAACCUAGACUGUGUCAGGAUAAACUGUACUUCCAGCAAGGGACCCGAGACCCUGUAUGCUGGGCAAAAACUCAAUGAUAAUGAGUGGCAUACGGUGCGCGUGGUCCGCCGGGGAAAAACCUACAAGCUCACGGUGGACGAUGACAUAGUAGAAGGCCAGAUGGCGGGCGACCACACCCGUUUGGAGUUCCACAACAUCGAGACGGGCAUCAUGACGGAGAGACGCUUCGUCUCGACCAUCCCCUCUAGCUUCAUUGGACACCUACAGAGUCUCAGGUUCAACGGUAUGCUGUAUAUAGAUCUCUGUAAGAACGGAGACAUCGACUUUUGUGAGCUCAACGCCCGCUUUGGCAUGCGCUCCAUCAUCGCUGACCCUGUGACCUUCAAGUCUAAGAGCAGCUACCUGAGCAUGGCCACCCUGCAGGCCUACACCACCAUGCACCUCUUCUUUCAGUUCAAAACCACCUCGCCCGACGGAUUCAUACUGUUCAACAGUGGAGACGGCAACGACUUCAUCGCUGUGGAGCUGGUUAAAGGGUACAUCCACUAUGUGUUUGAUCUUGGCAAUGGGCCCAACGUCAUCAAGGGCAACAGCGACCGGGCUCUACAUGACAACCAGUGGCACAAUGUGGUCAUCACUCGUGACAACAGUAACAUUCACACUCUGAAGGUGGACGCCAAGGCAACCAGUCAGGUGGUCAACGGAGCCAAGAACCUCGACCUGAAAGGUGACCUGUUUAUCGCUGGGCUGGGCCCUGGUAUGUACGGUAGCCUGCCCAAGCUGGUGGCAUCCAGGGACGGUUUCCAGGGCUGCCUGGCCUCAGUGGACCUCAACGGCCGCCUCCCUGACCUCCUCCAGGACGCGCUGUUCCGCAGCGGGCAGAUCGAGCGCGGAUGCGAAGUCCGUUUCACCAAAGCUGACCUACAAGGUCCUAGCACCACCUGUCAGGAGGACUCAUGUACCAACAUGGGCGUCUGUAUCCAGCAGUGGGAGAACUACACCUGCGACUGCUCCAUGACUUCCUUCACCGGCACGCGGUGCAAUGAUCCUGGGACCACCUAUAUCUUUGGGAAAGGAGGAGGCCUCAUCACGUUCAAAUGGCCAGCCAACGAGAGGCCCAGCACGCGUACAGACAGGCUGACCGUGGGGUUCAGUACCUCCCUAAAGGACGGCAUCCUGGUCCGGAUAGACAGCGCUCCAGGUCUCGGAGACUAUCUCAUGCUCCACAUUGAACAAGGGAAGAUUGGUGUGACGUUUAACAUCGGCACAAUGGACAUCAGCGUGAGAGAGAAUAGCACACCAGUGAAUGACGGGCUGUACCAUGUGGUACGCUUUACCAGAAACGGGGGUAACGCCACACUCCAGGUGGACAACUGGUCUAUCAAUGAACACUUCCCAGGAGCAACGACCGAUAAUGAACGUCUUGAAAUUGCCACUAAGAAAUUCCCGUUGAAAUACGCCCGGCCAGUAGUGGAUUGGCUACAGGAGAAAGGUCGGCAGCUUACCAUAUUCAACACCCAGGCCUUGGUGACCAUCGGUGGCAGCGACCGCAGUCGGCCCUUCCAGGGACAGCUGUCCGGCCUCUACUACAAUGGCCUGAAGGUCCUCAACAUGGCCGCCGAGGGCAACCCCAACAUCAAAAUCAACGGCAGCGUCCGGUUGGUGGGUGACACGCCCUCUGUGGCCGGGUCGGCCCGCACCACCGCCCAGCCGCCCGAGUUAUCCACCACCUUUAUUGAGACCACCACCAUCAUGUCCACCACCACCACCCGCAAGCACCGCUCCUCUCCCACAAUACAGCAGACGACAGACGACAUGGUGUCUUCGGCAGAGUGUUCCAGUGAUGACGAGGACCUGGAGGAGUGUGACUCUGGCCGUGCAGCCCUGCCCACCCAGCCCGUCAUCAACAGAGUCCCGGGACCCCCGGAAGUGUCCCGCCAGUCUAGCAGCACCAUCGGGAUGGUCGUGGGGAUAGUGGCGGCCGCAGCCCUGUGCAUCGUCAUCCUCCUGUACGCCAUGUAUAAGUACAGGAACAGGGACGAGGGUUCCUACCAGGUGGACGAGAGCAGGAAUUACAUCACCAACUCGGCAACGCAGAGCAACGGAGCCGCCGUGAAGGACAAACAGCAAAGCUCGAAAGCUGUCAAAGGAAAACAGAAAAACAAGGACAAGGAGUAUUACGUUUGAGUGACGGACGUUGAGAGAUGAAAAGAGAGAGGAAGAGAAAGACAAGUAUAGAGAAAUAUAGAAGUGUAUUUAACAGUCACCUUCUAAGGAGCUGCGAUGACAAAACAUGCUAAAACUAGAACCGUUACUUGAUGCUGUGUAGAGUGGUUGAACUAUGACUAUGUGUAGUAAUAUGAAGAAGACUUACCAUUGUAAGCAUACAGGGAAGGAUAAUAGCAUCUUUAGAGACCUUCCUCUUCUGCCGGGUUCGUGUACAACUACUUCACAGCGACUGCAUCAUCAUCCUAAGGGACUUUUAGAACUAUGUGAUCCUUGGCGUUAAAACAAAAAAAUACAAUUUGGUUUGUUUUUGUAAACCUGUACAAAAUGAAAGAUGUUCGUUAAUCUUGACCGUCUUCAGCAUGUAAGCAACGUGUAGUGCUUUAGCAAGAGUGGGUCAGGAUAAAAAGGAUCACUGUAAAGUCAAUGAAAAAAAAAAUGGACUACUGCUGUUAAAAGAUAUCGUACAUUUUUUUAUUGUCUGUAUGGUUUCGGGAUCAUAAAAGUGUGGUGUCUACGCAACAACAACAAAAAACAUCUACUACUCUAUGUAUCAAGUGACACCGAGUGAGCUCAAAUGGCUGAGGAAAGAUCUCUUAGGAUCUCUUCAGAUCUCAGAGCUCUGUUGUCUGUCCUCUGAUCUCAACAUGAUUACUCUCGUUGUGUGACAGAAGGACAGAGUGACACUGACGUGGGGUCCUGGCGAGAAGUGGUUGCUUGUUCUUGUCUCGGUUAAAAGCAACUGAUUGUAAUGCAUGUAGUCCCAUUCUACCAAAACUGUACAGUACAGUACAAUAUACCACUAGAGUACAAUGUACAAUACAUACCAGUACAGUAUAUUGUACAGUACAGUACAAUAUAUAAACUUAGCUUGACCAGUCCUUUUCUCUCUAAAGGCCAAACUUUAUACUUCGUCAUCAUCAAGACCCCACAACUCUUUCAAUUUUACUCCCCAAAAACGUCAACAAUUAAAAUAUGAGUAUCCCUAAGGAUAAAAAGGUCUGUUGGUUUGCAGUCGUGCUGGUUGUGUCUUUUGCAGGCCUCUGUGUGUUGGUUAAUCACCUCUUGUUCUAUUUUCUAUGGAGCUGUCCCAUCGAGGACAGAAUGCAGUACUAUAACACUGUUAAAGAUGUCUAUACAGAAAUAAAUCUAAUGUGAAAAGUGUGAAUUA